UCCAAAUCCGUUCGUCCGGAAAUUUCAAGGGACAGGCAGCCACAGUGUUUCUUGCACGGAACGUUGGUCCACUCCACAGUGUUUCAUGCAUCGCGAUCAUUGAUUGUGUGCCGACGACGAACUCUCCCUCGCUUAUUUUAUUUUAGCUUAUGCCUCUGCGUCUAGUUCGUGCGCCCCAGCUCUCGUCAGGCGGAGGAGCACUUCACUUCACACCCAAGUCUCAAGAGGUGGGGAUUUUUUUUUAAUACUUGGUGGGGAAUUUACUUUGAUGAUUCUUGCUAGCUAGUGGCCUGUCCAAAAAAUGCAGAUGAUCUUUCUCUUUUUUUUACCCAUCCUUUCCCCCCUUUAGUUUGUGACGUGCUGGUCAGUUAUACUAUUGCCCACCUUUCAUUUCUUGUUCUGGUCACUAGCUCACUCUGCUGCUGUCCUUGUGGCUGGUGCAGGCGAGCCCCAGGUGAGGUGAGGUGAGGUGAGUUUUUUUUUUCAUCUGUCUCUUGGAAUUCUCUGCUCCACUGAAAUAACUCCAUGGAUUGUUCAUGGAAAUCUAAUCUUUUUUCCUCAUGGAUUUCUUGCUCGAUUGGUUAUUUGGUUUGAUCCUUGAAGAUCCUAAUUGAGUUCAUAAGCUCACACUUCUGCCAAUAGAACAACUCACUGGCACCGUACUCUUGUUUGCUCUUGGUCAAGAACUAGUUAGUUGACAUGAGACUAUGAGAGGCUUCCUCUUUGUAAUCCACCAACUCUUCCCUCCUCUGGCGCCUCCGAAUCUGAGUUCUGACCCCGCCAAAAUCUUUCCGCCAUGAAGCAGGAGCGGCGGAGGAGGCAGCAAACAAGGCCGCCGCCGCACGUCGAGCUGGCGAUGGCGCACGCGCGGGGCGGCGGGGUCAACGAGGGGGCGGAGGCGGCCGCCUGCCUGGAAGGCGGCGACGCCGAGACCGGGGCCCGCGCCGCGGGGCGCGUGCCGCCGUGGCGGGAGCAGCUCACGGCGCGCGGGAUGGUGGCGAGCCUCGCCGUCGGCGCCAUGUACAGCGUGAUCGUCAUGAAGCUGAGCCUCACCACGGGGCUCAUCCCCACGCUCAAUGUCUCCGCCGCGCUCAUCGCCUUCGUCAUCCUCCGCGGCUGGACGCAGGCGCUCGCUCGCCUCGGCGUGGCCACGCGCCCGUUCACGCGCCAGGAGAACACCGUCGUCCAGACCUGCGCCGUCGCCUGCUACAGCAUCGCCGUCGGAGGUGGGUUUGGCUCCUUCUUGCUUGGGCUCAACAAGAGGACCUACGAGAUGGCUGGGGAGGAGACGGAAGGCAACGUGCCGGGGAGCUACAAGGAGCCCGGCAUUGGCUGGAUGACCGGCUUUCUCUUCGCCGUCAGCUUCGUUGGGAUUGUUGCGCUGAUCCCUCUCAGGAAGAUCAUGAUAAUUGACUACAAAUUGACUUACCCAAGUGGUACUGCAACAGCUGUGCUUAUAAACGGAUUCCACACAACUCAUGGAGAUGCAACAGCAAAGCAGCAAGUGAAUGGAUUCACAAAAUACUUUGCAAUCAGCUUCUUCUGGAGCUUCUUCCAGUGGUUUUACUCAGGUGGAGGCAAUUGUGGGUUUUCACAGUUUCCCACUUUUGGACUAACAGCUUGGAAACAAACAUUUUUCUUCGAUUUCAGCCUAACAUAUGUUGGGGCAGGGAUGAUUUGCUCCCACCUUGUUAAUCUGUCUCUCCUUCUUGGUGCGCUUCUCUCAUGGGGCGUAAUGUGGCCACUGAUCAGUGACUUGAAAGGGGAUUGGUAUCCUGCAGACAUACCUGAAAGCAGCAUGAGAAGCCUACAAGGUUACAAGGCCUUCAUCUGCAUAGCACUCAUCUUAGGAGAUGGUCUAUACAAUUUUGUUAAGAUUGUUGCAUUCACUGUUAAGAGUCUGGUUGACAGAUCAAGACUGAAGAGUGCAAAGAAAGAGGAAGAUAUUCCAGUGCUCGAUGAGAUCCAUCGCAACGAAGUUUUCACAAGAGACAGUAUCCCUACCUGGCUAGCCUUCUCUGGAUAUCUUGCACUAUCAGUUGUUGAAGUGUUUGCCAUUCCCUUGAUGUUCCAUGAGAUGAAAUGGUACUAUGUUGUCACAGCAUACUUAUUGGCUCCUGCGUUGGGUUUCUGCAACGCCUAUGGCGCUGGCCUUACUGACAUCAAUAUGGCCUAUAAUUAUGGAAAGGUCGCUCUCUUCAUUCUUGCAGCCUGGGCUGGUAAGGACAAUGGUGUAGUUGCUGGCCUAGUGGGUUGUGGUUUGGUAAAAUCGCUGGUGUCAAUAUCUGCUGAUCUGAUGCAUGACUUUAAAACUGGACAUCUUACUUUAACAUCACCUAGAUCAAUGAUUAUUGCUCAGGCUAUUGGCACUGCCAUGGGCUGCGUCAUUGGACCGCUGACAUUCCUUUUGUUCUACAAGGCUUUUGAUAUUGGCAACCCAGAUGGGUACUGGAAGGCACCAUAUGCUCUAGUCUACCGCAAUAUGGCAAUUCUUGGUGUCCAGGGCUUCUCCGCUCUGCCGCUACAUUGUUUGCAGCUGUGCUAUGGAUUCUUUGGAUUUGCAGUGGCAGCCAAUCUGAUGAGGGACCUCUUGCCACCGAAGUAUGGCAAAUGGAUUCCUCUGCCAAUGGCAAUGGGGGUUCCCUUCUUAGUUGGCGCGAGCUUUGCCAUUGACAUGUGUGUUGGGAGCUUGAUAGUCUUCACCUGGAACAUGAUCGACAGAAGUAAAGCAUCAUCAAUGGUGCCAGCAGUUGCAUCUGGUUUAAUAUGUGGCGAUGGGCUUUGGAUCUUCCCAGAAUCCUUGCUUGCCUUGGCCAAGAUCAAUCCACCAUUGUGCAUGGCAUUCAGGUCUACACACUAGAGGAGUAACAAACAUGCUCAACAUCUGACAGCAGUAUCAUGUCCAAUAGAAAGAAAAAUAUUGACAUGGCAUAGUUCUUCAGUAAAUAAUUGGGAUGUGAUAUAAAAAGAUGCAGUGCCUAUCUAGAUGUCACCUACAUAUAAUGAUGUAAGGUGGUGCUGCGGUGCUGCGGUAAAAUUAUCAUGCGCAAGAUGAUUCCUCACAAGUGGCCAAUGUUACACUUGAGAAUCUCAUCUCACCAUUAGUGAGUGAUGGAUGUGCGAGCUACUGAAUAGCCGAAAAAUUUCCCCAAUAAUCGGGGCCCACAGGUUGAGUAUACCAUGCAUCUUCCAAGGUCAACUGAUCCUAUUGUCAAUUGUCAGUUUCCAGCUGCUUUCGGUAAAAAACAAAAGCAGUCAGAUUCAAUGAAUUUUCAGAUGCUGAUGCCAGUGAAUGGUUAGCAAACCAUGUACAUAAAUUUCUGAAUGUGUUUGCCAUAUCUGGAUCAACAAGGUGUAGUGUAGUAAGAAGCAUCUUCAUCGGGGUAUACAAUUGUAAAUUGCCAGUUUCCAUCUUUUUUCAAAAACAAAAUGAUGUCAGUACAUGAUAAUACAGAUUUAGUGGCAUGGUUGUGAAUAGUUAGCAAAACAUGCAUAUAUGUUCAUGUAUAUCAGCACUUAAGCAGGUUCUAUGAAGAAAAAAAAAUGUGCCCAUUCAACAAAACCAGUGCAAUGA